AUGGGAAGCACUGCCGAUUCGCCCUUCAACAUCCGCACCCAUCGCCCCGGCGACAUCGGAUGGAUAAUCCACCGACACGGGCUUCUCUACCACGAAGAACACAAUUGGGACGAACAAUUCGAGUCACUCGUCGCCAAGAUUGCCACUGAGUUCAUUGACAAUUAUGACUCAGUCUGCGAGCGUUGUUGGAUCGCCGAAAAAGAAGGCAAACCUCUUGGCUGCAUCAUGCUGGUGAAAGAUCGAUCAUCAGACCGAAAUGCGGCGAAGCUUCGCCUGCUUCUUGUUGAGCCGAGUGCUCGGGGCUUGGGGGUGGGAAAAGCGCUCGUCCGACAAUGUACGGAAUUUGCGAGAGAGGUUGGGUAUGCCCGGAUUGUGUUGUGGACUCAGAGUAUCUUGACCGGGGCGAGGAAAAUAUAUGCGAAUGAGGGGUAUAAACUCAUCAAAUCGGAGGAGCAUAAAACUUGCGGACCGAACUUGACGGGGGAGCUUUGGGAGAUGGAGCUGUGA